AAGUAUAAAGUUAAAGUAUUGUGUCAAUUUGGCAUAAGUCAGUGUCAAACAAAAACCAAAAACAUUUAUGUGUUGCGAAAAAAAUAACAAUUUAAAAUGAUAAAAUGGAGAUAUUAUUAAGAUUUGUACCUACAAAUCCAUUAAGAUUAACAGCCUUUAGGAUAUUAUUAACUCAUGUAGCUUACUACACCAGACUAGCUGAAGUUGGUAAAUUAGAAGCACCAAAAACAUCGGGCAAAUACGAAACAGGACAAUUAAUUUUGCAUAAAGUAUUUGGCUAUAGGGGUGUUAUAUUAUUUCCAUGGUUAGCGAGGGUUUAUGAUCGGGAUGCCACUAAUAAAAAGGAAAGCACGGAGUCCUCGGGUACUACAGACAAUUCGCGAGAUACGCUUUCAAAUGUUGGCAAAGAAGUUAAAGGUAGAACUCACACCUUCUAUCAAGUUCUAAUAGACACCAGAGACGCACCAUACAUAAGAGCACAAACUGAGGCAGUUACCUUCUUAGGCAACCAAGAAUCUAGUCGCAGUCUGUAUGCUAUACCUGGUUUAGACUAUGUGGCCCAUGAUGACAUCAUUCCCUAUACAUCUGUAGAACGGGUGCCAUUGCAACACGAACUUUUUGAUAAAUUUCUUAUGCACAAUCCAGAUAAAGAUCCACCCUUCAUAGCGCAAGAGACGCUUCGAGCUUGGCAAAAGAAGAAUCAUCCAUGGUUGGAAUUGAGCGACGUCCACCGUGAGACUACAGAGGGCGUGCGCGUUACGGUUAUACCGUUUUAUAUGGGCAGUCGCGAAUCACAAAACUCAGCUGUCUAUUGGUGGAGGUACUGCAUACGCCUCGAAAACCUUGGUUCACAAGCUGUGCAACUCAGGGAAAGGCACUGGCGGAUUUUCUCCUUGAGCGGCACGCUGGAAACCGUGCGCGGGCGCGGCGUGGUGGGACAAGAACCGCUGCUGGCGCGGCAUUCGCCCGCCUUCCAGUACAGCAGUCACGUCAGUCUGCAGGCGCCCAGCGGCCACAUGUGGGGGACGUUCAGAAUGGAGCGGGAAGACGGAUACACGUUCGACUGCCGCAUCCCCCCCUUCUCGCUGGAGAGCAAGCCGGACGAGGGCGCGCCCGUGGCGCCCUCCGCCGCCGCGUGAGCGCCGCCGACAUCACAGGAAGCCCGAUUUCAAUUCAAAUAUGGAACAUGUGAUCUUUUAUCAUACUAUAGAGCUCAUGAGCUGAAGUCAUUAUUUUUAGUUUAUCGAUGGUAGAAGAUAUUUAUUAUGAUAGUAAAGCUCCUUAUCGUUGUUACAUCCCUAGGCUGUUUUCAAAAAAUCUUAGUUCUCUUAAUAAAUUUAGGUCUUAAAUAAAUUGCAGUAUUGUAACAGAA